UCACCGCCACCAAUUAUCAUUAUCAUCAUACAAUCAUCAAAUUGAUAUGAAAAUCAAAUAAUUUCUGCUUGUCUGGACACUGUUGUCGUUUGGUUUUCUGGUAUUUUGUGCUCAAUUUUGUUGUCAUUUUUUUUGUAAAUAAUCAAACGAAACAAAAAGCAAAAAAAAAUUGAAUUCGUCAUCAAUCUCAUCAUUGAUGACAAUUGUUUGUGUAUUUAUGAAUACCAACGAAAAAAAUUGAAAUCGUUUGGAAUUUUAAUUUUGUUUUGAUUAUUAUGCAAUUCAAAUUAUUAUAAACAUUUGGAGUAUUUACAUCUAUUGAAAAAAGGAAAACCAAAAAAUUCAAUCAAAUUAUCAUCAUUCAUCAAUUUAUUGAUCGUGUUUUUUUUUUUUUGGAUGGAACAAUGUUGGAUUUUUUAGCCAUCUGCUGUUUUCUAUUAAUAUUAUUCGCUGUAUUGUUAUUUUAUUUAACACGUGAACAAUCAUAUGAACAGGCAUUGGAAGAACAGCGAAAUAAAAAUGAUGAUCUAUUAACACCAACCAAUAUCAUUGCAGGUGAUAAUGUAGAUAAAGGUGGUAAUAGAAAAGAUCGAACGAAACGAUUGAAUUUGAAUAAAAAAUCAAAUAAAGAAUCGACUAACAAACAAACUGCAAGUAAUAAGCAACAGCAGCAAAGUGCUGCAAAUAAAAUACAGCAAAAAUCAAUCAAUAUCAAUGAGAAAACAUUGCCAGGUUUGACUGAUGGGAUAGCACCAUCCCCAGUUGAUGAAUCGAAAAUUUUGAAACAAGAUGAUCAUAGAAAAUCUAGUGAAAAUGAAUCGAUUCCUACUAUUUCUUCGGUUGCUGCUUCUACUACUACUGUUCCAGUAUCGAUACCUGAUGAUAAAAUUGAUGCUGUUAAAAUUGAUCCCAUUGUUGAACAGCCGAUUAAAAUAAAGAAUCAAUCAUCAACAUCUUCCAUGAAGACCGCUGUCAUUCAAGAUACUACCACAAUGGCCAUUAAUAAAUCAAAUAAUCAUCAACCGAUAACCAAUGGGAAAAAGAGUAAAAAAUCCAAUUUAUCAAAAUCUUCCCGAGAUUUCAACAUGAAUGAUAUAAUUGAAAUUAUAAAAUCAUUCACCAAGGAAGAGGUUACCGAUCUUACCGAUCAUUUAUUGACCAUACAGGCUAAUGAUCAAUCAAUCAAUGAUCUAAGUUGGCAUACGAAAAAUGAUCCUGUCGAAAGUUUGCGUAAACAAUUGACCGAAAAAGAAGAGAUGAUCAAUACACAGAAGAUAAAUCUGGAAAAUAGUAAACGUCGAUUCGAUUUGAUCAACAAUGAAUUGAAGAUGAGUAAAUCGAAACUACAGAAUGAAUGUCGUAUGCGACAAGAGAUUGAGAUGCAAAAAAACAAUUUUGCUCGUAUGUUGUCCGAAAUGGAGAAAAAUGGCAAACAACAGAUGGAACGUUUGGCUGAAAAAAAUCGCAUAACACGGCAAGAGGAAUUUUCUCGUCAUAAUAUAAUUAUUUCGGAUAUGAAAAAUGAGAUUAAUAACUUGAAAAUACAAUUAAUGGAAAAGCAAAAAAUGCUGGCUGAAAUGGAUGAACGUAGUAAAACUAAUGAUGUCAAUAAACAAAAUUUGGAAAUUUUACAACAGGAUCUUUUGAAUGCUAAAAUGGAUUAUGAGAAAAAUUUGAAAAAUCUCACCGAAAAAUAUCAGGCCGAAAUUUGUUAUUUAAAUGAAGAUCAAUUAAAAUUGAAUGAUAGAUUGAAUGAAAUUGUUAUGGAAAACGAACAGCUCACAGCUCAAAUUGAAACAUUGAAACAAUCGUUGAAAAUGGCCGAGAAAACUGCGAUCAACAAUGAAUCGUCUGCUAAAGAAAAUCUUUCCAAAGCAUCAGCAACAGAUGCAAAUGAAAAUUCGAAUAGCACCGACAAUUAUUUCAAAGAUGCUUUGACUGGUAAUGAUGAAUCGAAGACAACGAAAGAAAAUUGCGAAAAACCUGAAGAUACAAAUAAAGAUUCUGUGAACGAAAUUCAACUGCUCAAAAAAGAAUUGGAAGGUUUGAAAACAAAAAACAAAACAUUGGAAGAAAAAAAAAAUUUGAUAAAGCAAAUUUCGGAAAAACUUCAUAUCGUAGACGAAGAUGUUUCGAUUGAUAAAUUGUUUAAUUCCAUUGAUGAGUUGCGAACAUUUAAAAAAAAAUGGGAAAAAUCUGAUGGCGCAAAUAAAGAACAUCUGUUCAAAAUUCAACAGCUCGAAAAAAAAUUGGAAGAUUCGAAAAAAGAAAUUAUAACAUUGAAAGAUGAAAACAAAAAUUUCAUGAAGCAAAUUUCGGAAAAACUUCCAAUCAAAGACGAAGAUCUUUCGAUUGAUAAUUUGUUAAAAUCCAUUGAUGAUUUGCAAACAGCUAAAGAAGAUUUCCAAAAAUCUGAAGACACAAAUAAAAAAUAUCUGUGCAAAAUUCAAAAGCUCGACGAAGACUUGGAAGAUUCGAAAACAAAAAUUGAAACAUUGGAAGAGGAAAACAAAAAUUUCAUGAAGCAAAUUUCGGAAAAACUUCCAAUCAAAGACGAAGAUCUUUCGAUUGAUAAUUUGUUAAAAUCCAUUGGUGAUUUGCAAACAGCUAAAGAAGAUUUCCAAAAAUCUGAAGACACAAAUAAAAAAUAUCUGUGCAAAAUUCAACAGCUCGAAAAAGAACUGGAGGCAUUGGAAGAUUCUGCUGCAAACUUAAAAUUAACCAUCGAUGAUGGGAAAAAGAAAGAAAAACUUCUCAAAGAUGUAUUUUCCAAAUUCACCAAUAUCAAAAAUGGCUCCAAUGACAACGAUUCAGGUGAUAAAUUGUUGAAAUCGAUUGAUGAAUUAUUAGAAACGAAAAAAGAACUGAUGGAAAAAUCAUCCAAAUCGAAUGAUGAAAUCGAAAAUCUAAAAUUAAAAUUGGAUGUAACCGAAAAUGAAAGUCUUAAAUAUAAAAAUUCUCUCGAAGAUGUGGAAAAACGACUUCGCAAAAUUGAAGGAGAAUUGCAAGAAGGACAGUGCAAACGAACAGAGCUUACUAAAAAUGAACAACAAAUUACAUUUCUUCAAAAAGAAUUGACAGAAAAGGAUGAAAAAUUGAAUGAAUUGAAAACAGAAUCUAAACAUUUAAAAAGUGAUCUUGAUAAAAAUAAUGAGCUUUUAAAGGUAGAACAAACAAAAUGUUUACGAUUACAGAAUGAAAAUGAUCAGAAUACAACGGCGUUCGAAAAGAUACAGAAAGAAAAUCUUGAAUUGAAGAAAAAGAAUGAUAAAUUAAAUGAAUUGGUACAGAUUGGUGUGCAAACAUACCAGGAAGAAAAUCGUAGAGUACAAGAUCUAGAACAAAGAUUAGCCGCUUGUAAAUCAUUGAAUGGCAAUGAUAAUGGUGAUAAUAAUAAUGUAUGUCCAACGACCAAUGGUAAUUGAAUUUGAAAAA